GCAGGGGAAGGAAGACAAGGAUUCGGGGAGGAGUUGACUUCUCCACCACUCCAGCAAUUCCUGAAUUCUUCUUCCUUUCUCUUUUGAAGUCCAAUCCAGCGACGCUCCUCCUCACUCCCCGCUUCUCUCUUUCAAAGCGUUGAAGGUGAAGAAUCUCUGUUCUUGUAUCUUCUUUUGGCCCUCUUUUUUCCCCCUCCUCUUUAUGAUUGCCAAAGAAAAAACGGUUCCUAAGAAAGAAUCAGUCGAAAAUGUCACCCUUUCGAGCUUUCUGGAACAGCCCAGUGGGUCCAAAAACAACUCACUUUUGGGGGCCUAUUUCUAAUUGGGGACUUGUUGCUUCUGGAUUGGCAGAUACACAGAAACCCCCAGAGAUGAUAUCUGGCAACAUGACUGGAGCAAUGUGUGUAUGUUCAGCAUUGCUCAUGAGGUUCGCAUGGAUGGUGCAGCCCCGCAAUUAUCUGCUUCUAGUAUGCCAUGCCUCCAAUGAGACAGUGCAGCUCUAUCAGCUUUCUCGUUUUGUGAAGGCCCAGGGGUACUUGGACCAAAAGAAAGAGGAAGCUAAAGAACAGUAGCUUGUGGAUCAUGCUUUCUUCUACCCCUUUAGUUAGGGGCUCUUGCUUGAUCUCCUGCAGACACUCUAAUGCCGAUACCUAAAAUCAUAUUUUCGUAGGCGAGUCGAACGUAGGCACAUAGACCUCAAACCAUUACUCACAAUGGACUUGAUACUUGAUACUUGGUAAAAAGACUGAACUACCCCGGUUGAAGAUGCUUGCGCCCCCAUUGGUCAAGAAUGCUGCGUGAUGUUAGGUUAGCAUUCUAUAUAUCAACCUUUGUCUUAUUAGUGUGCUCCCUAUAAUAGUCAAAAAACAUAUUUUAAAUUGAAUCUAGGGUAUUUUUAUC